UGAAUCUCACGUAUAUAAAGCUCGGAUUGUGACUAGAUCUGCUCAUUGCUGAUUAGUGAAGAUGCUGCGUCUAACGAUUCUCCUGUUGAUUUGCGCUGCUUUUGCGCUGGCCCAAAACGAUGGUCGCUAUCGUCCUGACCCGAGAUUGGCGCCUAUUUCGAGAGCUCGCCCCGGCAACAAUGAUGGACGCUAUGUGCCCGUGAAUGAUGGCAGAUAUCGCGGCGGAAACGAUGGACGUUAUGUGCAUCAGGACAACAAGUACGAGCACGAUAAUCGUCCUGGAGGAGAUUACACUGGUGGCAACAAUCCCUAUAUCAACGACAAGAACCGUUUCGGUGGUGGAGGACGUGGCGGUGGCGCUGGUGGUGGACAAAAUGCCAAUGGUGCUAACGGUGCUAAUGGUGGUGCCAGGACUACUGUUGUGCAGCCUCGUCCUACUGUUGCUCGUGUGGCUCCUGUUGUGGUCGACCAGCGUCCCAAUUUGCCACAAGGAACCGGCACAGGCAUUGGCAAAGGCGGAUUUGCUAUCAUACGCCAAGAAGGAGAAGUGCAGACCGAUGGCUACAAUUAUCUCUAUGAGACGGAAAAUGGCAUUCUGGGCGAGGAGAGCGGACGCAUUGAGAAGCAGACCGAAGGCGAUGCCAUUCGUUCCCAGGGCUUCUAUCAUUAUACUGGCGAUGAUGGUCUGCUCUACCGCGUGGACUACGUGGCAGAUGAGAACGGUUUCGUGCCCGUUGGCGAACAUAUUCCCAAGGUGCCCGAACAUAUUCCCAGGCUGUUGGCUUAUCUGAAGGAAAAGGGCGCAUUGUAACUUAGAGUUAAGAGUUCAAAUUAAUUGUUCGUUAUUGCUUUGAAAUAAAUAAAUUUAUGCGAAAUAUAAA